CCUACAGCUAUCAAUCCAGUGACCAAGUACCACUCGGAUUAUUCGUUUCCGUCAGCAAUCCGAAAAAAAAAAAGUUAAACAUACCAAAUAUCAGAAUGUCUACUACAGCCGCAACAACCGCCGCCGCUACCACUGCUGCUUCUUCCUCCGCUGCAUGUGGUGCUAAACUCUACGAGAUCCCCAUCAAGGAUGCUGCAUGCGCCGUUCCGUCCAAGGGCAACUACACUGAUGUGAUGAAGGAAUGCUGCAAAGUGGCUUCUGUACACUCCUACGACAAUAACUGUGGCCUGUAUUGUCUCGCACAGGAACAGUCUGUUGGAGAUCUCUCUUCAUGCUUGACCAGCCACGGAGUCAAAUACGGCGAUGCGUUCUGCAACACAAACUCCUCCGCGACGGCUACAGCGAAGGUGUCUUCGAGCGAAGCUACUUCAUCGGCCACGAAAACGGGAAGUUCCGCGUCAUCGACGUCGUCUCACAAUGCUGCUGCGGCAGUAGUACCACCGCAGGCUAUUUCGAAGUCAGGACUAGGUCUUCUGGCGCUCCUGUUCUGUUCAACCGUGAUGGGGGCUUUGGUCUAGGAGGGAAUACUUAUUGGGUGACAAAAUGGAAUGCUUUUUAUGAUUGACUUUUGAAGGAGUUUGGUUCCUGGAGUGCAUGGCUCGUGAUUCUGGGCGGUGUUUUUUUCUAGGACUGCUGCUUGCAUAUAAUUAUAUGCAAUAAUCCAGACAAAUGGAUUCCUUAGAAUAAAGGUGUGUUAAAGACGCGUAUUUGCAGUAGCCGCUGUUAGAGAUGUUCUAAUCGUGGACAACGUGGAUUUAGUCGUAUCAUCUGCCAGAUAUUAGUAUUAAGGACCGUGCCCCAUCUUUGGUCUCGAUAGAAGGGGCAGGAUUUGCAUUGUGGAGAAGGAUCUAAGUAAUCGGACGCCAUCGCCAGGCGUAGCUAAAGAAUCACCCUUUUGGCGUACAUCAUGAUGCGGACC